AUGGCCGAAACGGUGUCCUGCCGCUCCGAGAAGCAAGCAAGUCGGCUUGGGGGUCGGGACGUGCUGGCGGCAUUGGUCGGCAUCCUUCCUGCCCGCUACGACUCCUCGCGCUUCCCUGGCAAGCCUCUCAUCCCACUGCUGGGCAAGCCCAUGAUCCUGCACACCUACGACCAGGCCUGCAAAGCAACUACCCUGGAUGCAGUGGUCGUCGCCACGGACGACGAGAGGAUAGCCUCUGUGUGUCGCGCGCAUGGAGCCCAGGUGGUGAUGACACGGCCCGACUGCCCCAAUGGGACCGAGCGGUGUGAGGAGGCAGUCCAGGCCCUGGGCAAGCAGUACGACAUCGUGAUCAACAUCCAGGGGGACGAGCCCCUGAUUGACCCCGGGACCAUCGACGCGGUGGUCACCGCGCUCCAAGACUCGCCAGACGCCGUGUACAGCACGGCCGCCACGCCCCUGGCGACCGACGAGGUGGCCCUGCGCCAGCGUGUCAAGGUGGCUACCGACGCCCAGGGCUACGCCAUCUACUUCUCCCGGGGGGUCCUGCCCCACAACAAGGAUGGUGUUGUGAGGUCCUACCCGGCCCCGUGGACCGAGAAACCCUACCUCCUGCACCUGGGCCUGCAGUGCUACGACCGUGCCUUCCUCUCAAAGUACUGCAAGAUGCCCGCGACACCCCUCAUGGCAAUGGAGGAUCUGGAGCAGCUCAAGGUUCUGGAGAACGGCUACAAGAUGAAGGUGGUGGAGGUGAGCCACAGCGCGCAUGGCGUGGACGUGCCCGAGGAUGUGGCCUCCAUCGAGCGCCUGUUGACCGCGCAGGCCAGUGCGGUAGGGGCAGUCGCCGUCGCCGUCCGGCAAGCGUAG